UUCGUGCGGCAUCAGGGCAGCAUGGCGGCGAUAGGAGUACAUUUCGGCUAUACCUGCGCGUGUGUCGCGGUGUUUAAGGAUGGGCGUGCUGAUGUUGUUGCUAAUGAUGCAGGAGACAGAGUGACUCCAGCUGUGGUGGCCUACAGAGACACUGAACAGAUCGUCGGCAUCGCAGCAAAGCAGGGUCGAGUCAGAAACGCUGCGAACACAGUGGUCAAAGUGAAACAAGUACUGGGCAGGAGCUUCGAUGAUCCAGAGACUCAGACUCACCGAUCAGAGAAGUGUCAGGUGGUGAAUCGGGAUCAGAAGCUGUUUUAUGAAAUUUCAUCAGGAGAUCAGACGACUUUCAUCCCACCACACGAUGUCGCCAAACUCAUCUUCAACAAGAUGAAAGAAACUGCUCAGUCAGCCGUCGGCUCUGAUGUUACUGAGGCAGUCAUCACCGUCCCUUUUGAGUUCGCACAUGCUCAGAAGAGUGCUCUAAGAGAGGCAGCUGAGGCAGCAGGGUUCCAUGUUCUGCGUCUGAUCCACGAGCCAGCGGCUGCUCUGCUGGCUUAUGGCGUGGGUCAGGACUCAUCUUCAGGAAAGAGUCAUGUUUUGGCGUGGAAGCUGGGUGGGUCGUCUCUCAGUGUGACGGUUCUUCAGGUGAACGGAGGAAUGUUUCGUGUUCUUCACACCGUCACAGAUCACAGCAUCGGAGGAGAGAGCUUCACUCAGGCGCUCGCACAACACCUGGCAGCGGAGUUUAAACGCUCGUUCAGACACGAUGUUAGCAGUAACCCUCGGGCCAUGCUGAAGCUGAUGAGCGGAGCGGACAUGAUCAAACACUCUCUGUCCUCCCUGGAGUCGGCUAACUGCUUCGUCGACUCGCUGCACGACGGCAUCGACUUUGACUGCAGCAUCUCCAGAGCUCGCUUCGAGCUGCUGUGUUCCUCGCUCUUCAGUAAGAGCAUCCAGCCAAUCAGAGUGUUACUGGAGGAGGCGGGGCUUUCUACUUCAGACAUCAACAAGGUGGUCCUCUGCGGUGGCUCGGCACGGAUCCCUCGCCUGCAGCAGAUGAUCCGUGAUAUGUUUCCUGAAGUAGAGCUGCUAAGCUCGGCACCUCCAGAUGAGGUCAUCGCAGUGGGCGCAGCCCUGGAGGCGGGGCUUCUGGUGGGCAAAGAGGGGCUGAGACCAGAGGAGGAGUCAGUUAGCGUGGAUGUUUCUGCCACCGAUAUCUUAUUGAAGGAGGUUGACGACACUGGAGCUGAGGUGUUCACUGUGCUCCUCCCCUCGGGAACACCACUUCCUGCCCGCAGACAUCACAUCCUAAAAGGGGGGGCGCUGUCCUCCCUCCGUUUGCAGAUCUACCAGAGACUGAUCUCCAGGCAGCCGGAGAAACUGGCUCAGAUUGUCCUGAGGGACCUAGAGCCUUCAGAGAACCACAACAUCGACGCCGUGGUCACCAUGAAGAGGGAUGGCUCCCUUCAGGUUUCCUGUGUGGAUCAGAGCAGCGGGAGGUCAGAGGUCGUCUCUGUUGCUGCAGCAUCAUGAAGCCAAUCAGCUGAUCAGUGAAUGUCAUUGUGUUUUUUUCUUUAAUCAAUAAAAGCGAUUAGAAAUGGUC